GGAAGGAGAUGAUAGGGAACACUGUGGAGAGUCUGGAGACAUGUUGACGAGAAUGGACAGCGUUCGUCACAUCCCCAGCAGUCCGACUGUUCUUUCUCCAUGUCUCUCCCCCACAAAGAUUCUUCCCAGAUUCUCUCUUCCUCUCCGCAAAUUUUGGUCCGAUGAACGAAAUCGGCAGCUACGCCUCACCUCCGCAGCCGCCUCCGCCGCCGAUUCUUCGCCGUUUGAUUUCUCUCCUCCUCCUAUUGAUCACGACCUUCCCGAGAAGAUUAGUGUUGCUGGAGGGAAAGUUUCCAGUGAUGGUGUUGUUGAGACUUUUGAUAAUGACGAUGAGGCUUUAGAUGCAUUUGAAAAUGGAGCAGUGGUUGUUUACCUCUCACAUUUUGGGAGAAUACGAGUUAGCGGAGAUGACCGUAUUCAAUUCCUUCACAACCAAACGACUGCAAAUUUUGAAUGUCUUAAUGAAGGACAGGGAUGUGAUACUGUAUUCAUUUCCCCCACUGCAAGAACAAUCGAUAUUGCAUACUCCUGGGUCAUGAAAAAUUCUGUAGUGCUUGUGGUUUCACCGACGACAUGCGGAAGCAUAACUGAAAUGUUGAAUAAGUACAUAUUUUUUGCUGACAAGGUUGGGAUUCAAGACAUCACCAAACAAACUUCUUUACUCGUUUUAGCAGGACCUAAAAGCAACCAAAUCAUGGCUAACCUGAACCUGGACGAUCUUAUUGGGCAGCCAUAUGGCAAUCAUCGGCAUUAUAACAUAAAUGGAAUGCCAAUAACGGUCGGGGUAGGAAGUAUCGUUUCGGAUGUAGGGUUUUCCAUGUUAAUGUCACCAUCUGCUGCUGUGUCUGUCUGGGAGACUCUUUUAUCUCAGGGUGCCAUUCCAAUGGGUUCCGUCGCUUGGGAAAAACUAAGAAUCCUUCAGGGAAGACCGGCUCCCGAGAAGGAACUCGGCAAGGAAUUCAAUGUUCUGGAAGUGGGUUUGUGGAAUUCGAUCUCUCUGAAUAAAGGAUGUUACAAGGGGCAGGAGACGAUAUCACGGCUCAUAACAUACGACGGAAUCAAGCAGAAAUUAUGUGGACUUCGGCUCUCUGCGCAUGCAGAACCCGGGAGCUCCAUUACGCUCGACGACGGAAAAAAGGUGGGGAAGGUGACGAGCUGUACAUCGGGAAGGCAGGAGUCGGAAUAUUUUGGAUUAGGGUACGUCAAGAAACAAGCGGCGUGGACGGGAAACAGGUUGCUUGUGGGCGAGAACAUCGUCGGGACAAUAGUUGAAGUCCCAUAUCUAUCUCGGCAAAGCCCUCCGUUCGACAAAUCGAGUUCUUCACUAGGAGGAGAGCGAUAGCAGGCGGAAAAUCUCGGACAGAAAAAUCUUCCGACAGAACUAAAUCACGGAUCAUGCAUAUGUUUGGUUCAAUAGUUAUUGAAAAUCGUCAAUAACUUCAAAGGGAACAUGAUAUCGAAAAUUUAUGGAUAUGUAUUUCUCGUAAUCGCAAUGAUGAAUAAUCAGGAAUAGGACAACUGCACUAUUGAAAUGGUACGAGUAGCUUUCCUGUUUUUGGUACA